AGUCCGUCUGUAUUUGAUUGCAUCCUGCGCUCUCAUCUGCUCUCUCCCCACCUCGCGGAGGUGCUGUGAAAAGCGGCUGAGCUCCGAUGCAGCCGCUGUCACCUUUUGCUGGCCCAGCGGUGGGGCUUCCAUCAGGAGCCCGGAGCGGUGCUGGGAGCACUGCCUGCGGCUCAUCCUGCAGUCAGGCGGGGAGGAACGGCACUCGUUAUUCCCCGAGCAUGAGCUGCCCGUGCUGCGUGUGCAACGCAUAGCGCUGAGCCCCAGCCCUCCUCGGCGGGGCCGGAGUACCUGCUGGGCUCCCCACGUCACGGCGCUUGGGCUAUAAAGCGCAGGCAGCGCAUCGCCUCUCGCUCCGACUCUGUGGGAGCUGCACAAAAGCAGCAAGAUGUUCUAUUCAGGCGUUCUGACGGAGCCGACGAGGAAAGAAGUAGAGAUCCGGGAGGCCGCCUCGCUGCGCCAGCAGAGGAGGAUGAAGCAGGCAGUGCAGUUCAUUCACAAGGACUCUGCAGACCUCCUUCCCCUGGAUGGACUGAAGAAACUGGGGACUUCCAAGGACACUCAACCACACAACAUCCUGCAGAGACGCCUGAUGGAGACAAACCUAUCAAAGCUGCGAGGCAGCAGAGGCAGCUGGGCUUCCAAGAGUGAUGCCCCAGCACAGAGCAAUAGGUUGAACCAAGCCAAACUGGGGAGCUCCAGGAGCGUCGAGGAUGAGGAGCUCCUGGUGGUGAGCUGCCAGUGUGCUGGGAAGGAGCUGAAGGCUGUGGUGGACACUGGCUCACAGCACAAUCUGAUGUCAGCAGCCUGCCUGGACCGGCUGGGGUUAAGGGAACGCCUGGAAGUACUGCCCAGUGAGGAGGAGGAGAUCUCGUUGCCACGCAGCGAGAGGGUGAUCGGCCGCAUCGACCGCCUGGUGCUGGCAGUGGGAGCGCUCCGCGUGGAGUGCGCAGUGCUCGUUGUGGAAGACAGUGAGAAACCCUUCUCCUUUGGCCUGCAAACACUGAAGUCCCUGAAGUGUGUCAUAAACCUGGAGAAGCACCAUCUUGUUCUGGGCAAGACGGAGAGGGAGGAAAUCCCAUUUGUGGACAGUGUUGGUGCUGGGGCAGGAGAGAACACUUUGGAAGCAUAGAGAAAAAUGGAAAUGCCAUCCCCACACGAGAGCUCAACAUCAAAGAAAUUCUCUGCAGCUGUUCCAAAUGAAACAGCAAUGCGCUGCUUGAAAAUAUUUAUAUGAGGCUACGGCUUGAGUAUAGCUAAAUGAAACCUGUUCAGUAGCCAGUACCUUAGAGAUAUUGUCAUGUUUAUCUUUGGGUUUUGAGAAACAAAUGUGUGCUUAUUUUCUGGACUUUUCUAUAGUGCUCUCUUUAUUACGAACA